AUGUAUCUAUUUAAUUUUGAACUUCAACGAGGAUUAUCCCUAAAUGUUAUACUCUUUUUUUCAGUAUACCUCUUUGCCAGAACAAUGUAUCAGAAACAGCAACGACUCGUAUCUACAUUUUGUUUAAAACUUAUUCUGUUCUCUCUCUUUGCAGAGGUGAUUUCUCUUGGUGACGUCAGUAAACUAACUGAAUUGGUGAGCAACUUGUCUGGAACAAGAAAAAAACGUCAUUAUAAAAAGCGAAAAUUGCUGGAUGAAAAAAUCAAAUUUAUUCCCUACCUCUUGCAGCAAAUGAUUUCAACGGGAUUGGCAGAUCAGGAUGCUUUGGGAACCAAAAACCAUCCUCUUCAUAUGUUACUAUCUAUCUCAGACUGUUCAUAUCUAUCUAUAAAUUUAAACCUGUUCAUAUCUUUCCUUCUCUCUCAGUCUGUUCAUAUCUGCCUAUCUCAGCCUGUUCAUAUCUAUCUAUCUAUCUAUCUAUCUAUCUAUCUAUCUAUCUAUCUAUCUAUCUAUCUAUCUUCCGGUUCAUAUUAG